UAUAUCGCAGUUAAACAUUGAUCUCGCUAUUACCACUGCUAAUUUAUAUAGUGCAACUGUUGUUUCUGCUGGACUACUUGCCGAGAGGUUUCAGAACUUCCUUUAGUUGCAACACCCAUGUGUGGGGACAAAAGUGAUGGAGUUUGAUCAACUGACACUCUCGAGCUUUGGAUAGGAAAAAAAGCUGCAAACGCCACCAUGCGUGAAUGUCAGAAGUGGAGCAAGCCAUCGUUCCCGCCAACUUAUCUCCCUACAUCACAUGCUAUAUUAUUUUCCUUUGGUUUUGUUUUUUCAUGUUUGGCUUUUUAAAAAAAAUUUUGCUUGAACUGGGAGCAGUGUUAUAUCGAUUAAUAAAGGGAAGCUCUAUGAAAAAAAAAACUAUCAGAGUCCAGAGACGAAGGCACAACGUAUACUAUAUGGGGCUUAUGCACCCACUAAAAUAUGAAUAUUUACUAUUUUGUAUAUAAAUUCAUAGAAAUUUGUUAAAGUGAAAUGAUAAAAACUCCACUGUACAUCUAUAUUCUUUGCUUAUAUUUUUUUAUUUUAAUCAAUAGUGUACCUAUUAGACCAUCUACAAUGGUUAUUAGUAUUCAAUGCCCUAUAUUACAUUUUAACAUUCCACAUCUUUUUUUUUCUCACCUGUUAAUUCAACAACCAUACAAUUUUUAUACUUUACAAUAGUUUUAUUUAAUAAAAUCCACAUCAUACCCCACUAUUUUACCUUAUAUUUGUAUCCUUUUUAAUUGCAUUUUUGUGAACAAUAAUACUCUAUUUAAAAUAAUAUUUUAAGUUCACAUAACUAAUUUGAACAAAUUUAUUUUUUAUUAUUUUAAUUAAUAAAUAGAAGAAAUGCCAAUUAGCAUUAUUAAACAUAAAAAUACGAUUUUUUAGAAAAUAGUUUAAAAUUGAUAGUUGUUGAGAUUUGAGUAGUUAAAAGAAAAACUUGAAGAAUUUAAAGUGUUAAAAUUUUAUUAAUUGGAUCUAUUUAAUUCAAAAAAAAACACAAAAGCUAAAAAAAGUUAUAAUAAAAAUGAAUUUUUUUUAUAUAUCCAAAUGAAAUGAGAUUAGCAUAUAUAGUGAUAAGUUAACCAAACCAAACACUGUUCUGUUUAAAAGUCGGUUCAUACGUACAUUUCGGGUUGACUUUACGUCAUAUAAAUCAAGAAAGGUAUAGAAUAAUUUUGUUUUUAAUUAAUUUGUUUAUUUAUUCUUACUGAUUUUAAGCUCCACAUAUGAUUUUAUAAAUCCAUGUAAAUUCUAUUGAUAUCUAAAUCUAACAUAUCAAUUUUAAUUAAUAUUUACAAAUCCCAAGUUUUUUUUUCUUGAAUUUAAUUUUUUAUUUUAACAAAGAAAUAUACUUAGAUUCAUUAUAAAAAUAUAUAUUUUCCAAUUGUUGAAUAAGAUUUGAAUUAAAAUCAUAAAAUCGAUAAUACAUGAUUUAAUACGAAUUUUAAAAUUAUAGAACAGAUAAUACUGAAUUCCGUUUGAGCUUCUAAAUCUAGUAAAAUACAUAAACCAAUAAUCUUUCACUAAAUCAAAGUAAAAUUCAAAUAAGACAAACGAAAACGUGGAUUCAAUCCAAAGAAAUUAAAAUAAAGGGGAUUAAGCAAACGGAACAACUUGAAAAUAAGGAAACGGUUAGUAUCGAGUGAGAUUUAUAAUGAAAUAGGAGUGAGAAUACAAAUAAUUCUCAACUCAACUCAACUUAGGAAUCUAAGAGAACUGUUUCCUACCAGGAAGUGGAGUGAGAAUCCACCGACUGGUUCAUUAUAAAUAGAGAUUAAGCGAACACUUCAUAAUCAAUACACCCUAAAGAUAACAAAUCACUAUGGAUAUUAGAUACGAAGAGCCUCUAUACGUAGAUGAACUUUCAUUGCAAACCGUCCGUGUUCUUGGCCAAGGAGCCUUCGGUUCCGUGACUCUCAAGGCUCACCCCGGCCAUGGACGUUACGCUAAGAAAACAUCUUCAAUAAGACUCAAAGAGAAUCUCAAGAAAGAGCUUAGGAUCAUGCUUGACUUCCGCAACCAUCCUCGGAUCGUUCAAGCCUCUAGUGCUCAUCUUCACUUAGGUAUGUUCCUCAAAGAUUGCUCCAUCUAUAUGGAGUAUGCAUCCGAAGGUAGUCUAGACGAAGCUAUAUCUUCUUUCCGUGGGAAACCCUUGCCUGAGCACGUGAUAGGACGCACCACUCGUAUGCUCCUACAAGGACUCGAAGCGCUUCACGUACACGGUUACGUUCACUGCGACCUCAAGCCAGACAACAUACUCCUCUUCCCUUCAACCUCUUUCGGAGAGCCGUGGGAUGCUAAGCUCGCUGACUUUGGUUUAUCAAAGGAGCCUAACACGUAUCAUGUCUUGAAGUAUGCUGGUACGAAUAUGUACAUGCCUCCGGAGGUUUCCGAGGUUCCGGAGGGAUUGGUCGGACAGGCUCUUGAUAUAUGGUCGCUAGGGUGCGUGGUGUUUGAGAUGUUUGGAGGUAAGGCAGAGGAGAUGGAGACGGGAGGCACUUACGUGUGGAAGCUAGAGCAAGAGAUCUCUCCAGUGGCUAUAGACUUCUUGAGGCGGUGCCAUACUUGGCAUCCUUGGAAUAGGGCUUCAGCAACUGAGCUCUUGAACCAUCCUUUUAUUAUGCAAAGAGUAGUCCCUUUUCGAGUUUUACAGCCAAUCCCAUGUCCUCCUGAAAGGAAACAGUACUUGGAACGUCCUUUGUUUACACCAAGGGUCCGUGGUCCAUUGCCAACUCCGAUUGGUCCUAGAAAAAAACAAGAAGAAGCUGCAGCCGUGAGGCAAGAAGCUAAAGGUUCGGUAGUGAAAGAUCAAUCAACGGUGGAGAAGAACGAUGUUGAUAGUGAGGAAUGGUUUAUGUAUGAGUUAUGUAAUGGUUGUUAAGUUAAAACUUGUUAAGUUAUGGUUGAGCUUGUAUGCUUACUUCUUAGACAAGAAACGGCAUUCUUUGUUAGGUUAAUUUGUUUCUUUACUUGCUAUGUAAACAAACAAUUCUGAAUCUCUUAAUUUAUUAAAGUUUUGAAGUAUACUACUCUGAUGAUUACCUUGUGAGAUUAACGAUGAUUAUGUUUGUAAAAUAUAUUUUUCCAAAUCAUUUAAAAGCUCAACACAUUAAAUAGGUUACGGUUAAGCUUGUAUGUUUACUUCUUACGCAAGAAAUCUAGUGGCAUUCUUAGUUAGGUUAAUUUGUUUCUUUACUUGCUGUGGAAACAAACAAUUGUGAAUCUCUUAAUUUUGAUUGAAGUUUCAAGUACACUACUCUGUUUGAUUAACUUGGGAGAUUAACGAUGAUUUUGUUUGUAAAAUAUAAUUUUCCAAAUCAUUUAAAAGCUCAAUACAUUAGAUAGGAAACCAUUGUUGUUCUUAAUCAAAACCAAGUAGAGAUUAAAAUAUCCAAACAAGCUACAAACCCAUAGUCUAUCUCGUUUCUUCAACCU